AUGGCUGAAUCAAACGAUAAUGAUGAUUAUUAUUGGAACAAGAACCUUUUGAGAAUAAUAAAACUAUAUCCAGAUCAUCAACAACGUUACUUUCGUAAUGCAGAUCUUAUCGACAAAGACAUUCCAAUUAUUGUCCAAGAAGCAUUGAUCAACAAACAAUGUAUUGAACUUGACUUGUCGUCGAACCGAUUGACAUCGGAGGGAGCUCGACUUUUGGCUAACGCAUUUGAACAAAAUACAGUUUUAGAAAUGCUUGAUUUAAGUAAUAAUCGAAUUAGAGAUGAAGGUGUUCAAUAUCUUGUUGCAACACUUCGAACGUAUCGUCACCUUAAACAUCUUCGAUUAGGAACAAAUGCCAUUACUGAUGUUGGUACAGAACAUCUUGCUCGACUCUUUUUAGAAAAUGGACAACUGAAACUUCUCGAGCUCUCCUCCAAUGAAUUAACAUCACGCGGUGUCAUAACACUUGUACAAGCUAUACCACAUUCUCGUCUUGAAUAUUUCUAUAUUGGAGGAAAUCGACAAGUCAAUGAUGAAUGUGUCGAUGCAAUCAUCGUCAUGAUUCGACAAUCAAAAUAUUUAAAGGCUAUAUCAUUAGCGGAUAUAGAUUUUUCUCAGAAAUCUAAAGAGAAAUUGCGACACGUAGUCAAAUCCAAACAUCCUUCUUUUCUUUAUAUUUAA